AUAGACUUUUCAGCUCAUUCGGCUGAACAUCAAUACUUUUUGUGUGAUAACAGAGUACUGACAGUGCAAGAGAAAUGAGGUCCCUAACAGGAAAUGUGGAAAAAGUUGAGACUCAUUCUGGAAGAUGAAUGUGUCUAGAAGAGGUUCACUCAUGGGUCAUUACUUAGCUAGUACCAGAGACAGACUGGCCAUAGGACAGUUCUGGCAAAUGCCAGAUGGGUCGUCCAUCUUUAGCCUGGUGGGCCUGUCUGAAUUGGGCUUUUUCCGCCGAAUUAUUAUUAUUAUUAUUCUUAUUAUUCUGGCUAAUAAUUGAGGCCUCGAGGGAAAAAAGGACCGGUGUGCCCCAGUCUGUCUCUGAGUGGUACUGUUCUGAAAUGAUGUUUUCCAGUCUAGAAGUGUCAAGUGGAAUCAUCAAACUAACUUCUCACUUCAAAUUCUCUUUGUUAUGAUUCACUUUSGUUGUCCUUGCUAACUUAAUGUUUGUAUUGAUGUAAAUAAUGGAAUGUGUGUUUUAAAGAGAUCCCAAAUCUUGAYUUGAAAUGCAGUCAUAUGUGCCUCAUGACUGUUAUAGGAGGAUGUCACUUGAUUUUUCUCAUUUGUWUGAAACCUCUGAAAUCAGCUGUUGUGAAAAAGACUUACCAAUUUCCAGUUACUGUUGCCCUUUUCAGUCUCACAGGAAAAAAAUCUGGGAUAUUCCACAAGACUGUAUUCGCUUCCCAAAUGGCACCCUAUUCCCUUUAUAGCACACUAUAGUGCCCCCUGGUCAAAAGUAGUGCACUAUAAAUGGAACAGGGUGCCAUUGAGGAAACAGUCUGUGGUACAGAGAGUCCUUGUUUAGUGAUGUCACAGUUCAUGUAAACUUAGGAAGACUUCCUCUCUAAGUAUCCUCAGCUAAAAGACCGGGGACAGGAUUAGUUAGUGUGAUGCUGAGCGGAAGAGCAGACAGGGAGGCGAAGGCACAGAGAGACAGAACUGUGGGGUUUCCUUUUAAAUGUUUAGAUAUGGGAAGAGUGCAGAGCCAUAUGCUGGGGAGCAGAGGACCAGAGGUAAACAGUGAAAUGGGGCGUUGACACAGUAGAGGCAUAAACUAGGAAGCUGUAGGGGCAGUGAGGUUCUGGACUGAGGAGGCCCUGGUCUCUCUACUAACCUCAAGGGGACCAAGACGUAACCUCAAACUGGCCAACAGAUUUAUUGAUCUCCUCACUCUUCUCUAGGCGUUGAGGCCACGGGGCCAACCACAGAACCAUGGAGCCUGCCUAUACUGGGAUGUCACUGGAUAACUCUACCUCAACAGUAAUGCCCAUGGCGACCUCCGCCGGCAACACCAAUGUGAGCAGAGAGCCGUACAUGCACCGCCUGGCCCAUCUAGACGAGGGUCUCUACAAUGACUUCUACAGCCUGUGGAUCUGUCUGGUGGUGGUCAACACACUCAUCUUCAUGGUGGGAAUGGUUCUCAACACCCUGGCCCUGUACGUGUUCUGCUUCCGRACCAAGCCCAAGACCACCUCAGUCAUCUACACCAUCAAUCUGGCUGUCACAGACCUACUGGUUAACCUCUCCCUGCCCACACGUAUCAUUCUCUACUACAGUGGGGGAAAGUGCCUCAACUGCUCCUACGUGCAUAUAUUCAGCUACUUUGUCAACAUGUACUGCAGCAUCCUCUUCCUCACCAGUAUAUGRGUGGACAGAUACCUGGCCAUAGUACAGGUUGAGGCCUCUAGGAAGUGGAGGAACCCUAACGUGGCCAAGGGGGUGUGCAUUUUCAUCUGGCUCUUCGCUAUCGUGGUCACCUACUCCUUCCUCACCACGGCGUUCCGACACGCGGGCUGCUGCGUCUCCAAGCUCUUCGUCCUGACCGUCUUCGAGUUCUUCCUCCCCUUGGUCGUCAURGUGGUGUUCACCGUGCGCAUCAUGUGUGCCCUGUCCAACUCCAGUCUGAUGCAGCAGAGCAGAGAGAGGCGRGUGCGGGCRGUGCAGCUCCUCACCACUGUCCUGGUCAUCUUCACCAUCUGCUUCACCCCGUUCCACGUCAGGCAGGUGCUGGUGUACUUCUACCCCGACAUGCCCCACCACGUCAUUGUCUACCACGUCACRGUCACCCUCAGCAGCCUGAACAGCUGCAUGGACCCCAUCGUCUACUGCUUCGUCACCAACAACUUCCAGUCCAGCAUGAGGGGCUUCUUCCGCAAGGCGGAGGCAGAGCUGGAGCAGACCAGUGGGAACAUCAUCAGCAUGCAGAAUAGCUCCAAGGGCUCGGGGACUGUCACYGCUAUCGCUCACAGUGUGAUGAUGAACGUCCUGUCCUCCUCCUCUCCCCAGCAUGGGAACCACAUAGCGUUAGACUGAGAAAGGGAUGGGAAGAUUGAGGAAUGGGAUGUUCAGUGUUCAGUGUUCAGAGAGAGAUGGACUUCUAUUGCCUAACUGUGAGACUCUGGAGUGCAAUUGACAUAAUACAGUAGGCUAUUCUCCCAUUUGAGAAAAUGCUUUCCUGCUUAUAUUAUUGUAGCCUAUUGUUGGCUUGGAGAAUUAAGUACUUGAAGACAUUUUCAGACAGGAAACGUUAUUUCUCCUGUGUUGGCCUACACCAGUCACGAUGGAGGGCAUUGACACUGAAUACGACCUAUAACGUGUUUAUUGCAGCUGUUAUACCAGCUGCUCCUGCAUGAUUUAUUUCUACUGUACAAUUAUCAUCUGAGGAGUAUUUGUUUACUUUGAUCCUAGAUCGUAUGAACCUCUGACAAAAUAGACAAGUAAUAUUCUACUGCAUUGCUAUGGAAACAAAUAGAAAUAUAUGAUAGACAGCUUUUGUAGAUUAAUGUGUGACAUUGUUGUCACAAUACAUAUUUAUCGUCAGCCUUCUCAGAAACUGGUUUUAUGCAAAGCUUAUAUUACUGGCAAAUAUUACCAAACCAAUUGUCCAGAAACAUAUAGAAUAAAACAUACAAAACCUUAUUGAUUUCAUAGCAUGAACU